AUGGCAUCCGGCUUUGCCUAUCGGAUCGACGACCCGAUCAGCGAGGUCUUCCAUUUUCCCAACUAUGAACAGCCACAUCUCCCGGACCAGAGAGAAAUGACACUCUUGUCGAAGGGCAACAGGGAAUCUAAUGCUGAUCCUAGUCGAUUCCUCGGUCAUUUCCUGCCGUUUGAGAUAAUUCAGCAUAUACUUCUCUACCUCAACUUGGCCAGCAUAGGGAAGAUGCUUCUAGUGGAUACGGUAUCAAAAUUCCAAGUUGAAUCAGUCCGCCCGUAUCUCUUGCUUAGAGACAAAGCCUAUGAAACAUUGCAUCUAAUGCACCGGAUGCGUCUCUCCCACUAUUUCACCAUUGAACAGCUAUAUACCGAGUUCACCCACCCUCGGUGUCGAACCUGUAAUGACUUCGGACCAUACCUGCACCUUGCAACGCUCACCCGUUGCUGUUACAAUUGUAAUUAUCACAAUCUAAUGUACAGAAUGGCCAGCGUGAAGGAUCUCUGUUUUUAUUUCGGUUUGAAAGAAACAGAUCUCGGGAAUAUUCCAAUUGUCCAUAAUACGUGGAAACCCGGGGCCCGUCUCGUAAGCGUCCCUCAGGGGAACGCUAUAGCUAUCAUACUUCACGGGCCCAAAGGAUCAUUGAAGAUAACACGUGAAGUACAUCGUACCAUUGAAAGUUUAGGAGCGGCUUUCGGAGAAUGGGAUCUGUCAGGGCCUCUAUAUCGGAGUUUUGGACAUCAGCGGAGCGCGAGUGUUUGGUAUGAAAACGGCUGCGAACAGUUACAAUUCAUGGCUACCGCUCCAUUCCCUUUUUGGGAUAAGAAAACAAAAGCCUUGGAGCGAGGGACUUAUUGCUGGGCUUGCUAUCACGACUGGUCAAGGGCCAUGAGCUCUGAUGAACACGCGGAUUACCCACCAAGUAGGCGGGCCUAUCAUCGGUCGUAUCGAGAGGCCGAUCUACCGGAGCAUUUUCUAACGUGUGCUGCCUACAAAGCCUGUUACCAACCAAUGCGGGCUUACCCCCGGGUUCUCCGUGGCGAUGAAUACGAAUGGGGAGACGUGAAGAAACAAUUUUGGGUUAAAUACAAAGAUCCCAACGAUGACCCUGGAUAG